AUGGAGAAGCGCACGCUGCGCAGCCGGAAGGUCUCGGAGCGGAUGGCGGUGGUGGACGAGGCCGACCGGCGGCGGGUCAUCCAGGCACGGCUGGCGGCGCUGGAGGAGGACAAUCACAAGGAGGACGAUUUUGCGGCGGGGUCAGAUGACGACGAAUUUGAGCUGCCAAAGGGCUCCGAUGAUGAUGGCGACGAGGGCCCCGCCAGUGGUCGCAAGAAGAAGAAGGUCAAGGUCGGCGGCGGCAUGCGAAAGACACGCGGCAUGAUUGCCGACAAGUCAAAGGGGCCCAAGGCCUUCAGGGACUAUCUGGAGGAGGCUGAGCUGGAGCGGCUGCCAGAGGGCACGCCCAGCUACCUGACUGCGGCGGUGGGGCCGGCGCGCACCGCCGCUCCCCGCAAGUUCUGCUCCGUCUGUGGCGAUGUGUCCACCUACACCUGCACCCGCUGCGGCUCGCGCUUCUGCAGCCGCCGCUGCCACGCGGUGCACACCGAGACGCGGUGCCUCAAGUUCACCGCCUGA